AUGAGCUCAACCGCUCCCCAAGACUUCGGCCAGCCCUUCGUCCUCGAAGACUACAUCCCCAUCCAGCAGCCCGUCACCACUACUUCCCCCGCCCUCUGCGCAGUCUGUCACAAACCCGCCUCCCACCAACGCUGCAGCAAGUGCAAAAGCAUCAACUACUGCUCCAAUACCUGCCAGACAACCGACUGGCCCGCGCACAAAAUACUCUGCGCCCCCUUCCUCAGAUCGCACGUCACACGUCCAGGCCCUACCUUCCGCCGCGCCCUGCUCUUCCCAGAACACAACGCAAAGCCCAAGUUCAUAUGGCUUGAAUACGGCACGAACGACGGCCGACCACUCGACAUGCCCGCCUACUUCCCCUCCACCCCUCCCCAAGAAAUCAAGACCAUCGCGUUCCACAACCGCUUUCUGCCAUAUUGGAUCCAGGUCUCAUACGACAGUAACGCGUCGAGUCGUGUUCUCCAAGACAACGCGGGGCUGCAGGAUGUGAGAGGCGGUGUGGUGGUGCUGGCUUAUGAUCUGGAUGUUGGGCUGAGUGGGCCGGCGUUGGAUGUUGGGCCGGGUGUUUUGGGGCCGGUGAGGGAGUACUUUGCGUUGAGGAGGGGUUACAGGGGGCCGGUGUUUGUGGAGCAGCCGCAGGAGAGGUAUGAGGAGGGGGUUUGGAGGGAGUUUAUGAAGGGUGGUGGGUGAUUGAGGGUGAAUGGAGUGACGGGUAGUGAGCUGGUUCUUGGCCGCAAGAUGGAUGGCGGUUCGGUGUUUGUGCAGGAGUUUCUGGAAG